GAGAGCGAGCUCUGGGCAUGAGAGAGAGAGGGAGGCAGAGGGAGAGAGAGACUUAAAAGAAAUAGGAGGGGCUUGUGAGAGACUAGAAAUGUCAAUCAGAGCCCAGAGUCCCAAUAAUCUCAGGCAAUCUGUUAGGACCUGACCUGGGUCCACACAGAUCAAUAGGAAAAGUGAGAGAAGAAAGAAGCGAUCGGAUCGUUUACCGCGGCGGCCGAGGACAGGAGGGAGCCCGCGGCCUCCGCGCACCCCCGGCUCCCCCCCCAUGUCUGCCGGAGUUUGCGGGAGGCGCUGAAAGUGCGGGCGGCCGGCGAGGGCGAGCGACCCGGCUCCCUCCUCCGCUCCCGGCCCUGCUACUUUCUCCCCUUUCUCUCCCUUCUUCCUCUCGUCUCCCCCCCCCUCCUCUUCCUCCUCCCCCCUCCCCUGCCCCGCUCCCCCACCAUGUCUUUCCCCCAGCUGGGCUACCAGUACAUCAGGCCGCUUUACCCGGCGGAGCGCCCGGGGAGCGGCGGCUCCCGCGGCGGCGCCGAGCUGGCCCCGUCCGGGACCCUCUCCAACGUGCUCUCCUCCAUGUACGGCGCGCCCUACGCCGCCGCCGCCGCCGCCCAGGGCUACGGAGCCUUCCUGCCCUACGCCGCAGAGCUGCCCAUCUUCCCCCAGCUGGGCGCCCAGUACGAGCUGAAGGAGAGCCCGGGGGUGCAGCACGCCGCCUUCCCCCCCCACCACCCUGCCUUCUAUCCCUACGGGCAGUACCAGUUCGGGGACCCGUCGCGGCCCAAGAACGCCACUCGGGAAAGCACCAGCACCCUCAAGGCCUGGCUCAACGAGCACCGGAAAAAUCCCUACCCCACCAAGGGCGAGAAGAUCAUGCUGGCCAUCAUCACCAAAAUGACCCUCACCCAGGUCUCCACCUGGUUCGCCAACGCGCGGCGGCGGCUCAAGAAGGAGAACAAAAUGACCUGGGCCCCCCGCAGCAGGACGGACGAGGAGGGCAACUCCUACGGGAGCGACCACGAGGGGGAAGAGGACAAGAGGGAGGACGAGGAGGAGAUCGACCUCGAGAACAUCGACACAGAGAAUAUCGAAAGCAACAAGGACGAGCUCGAGGACGAUCUACAAGAUGCCGACCUCCUGCACUCUGACUCCAAAACGGACUCGGAGGGAUCCGAAGGCUUUGAGGACCUGCCCAGCUCCGAGGAGCGCUACGACAAGGCCUCCGAGGGGGACCCGCACCAUCUCCGCCACCACCACCUGCACCACCACCACCAUCACCACCACCACCACAAGUGCGAGCUGCCAGCCACGGCAGCACCCGUCGGCCCGGAGCCCCUCAAGCCGCCGCUCCCGCCGCCGCCGCCCCACCUCUCGCCCCCCUCCUCUGCCUCUUCCUCCGCCGCCUCCUCCCCGACGGACGGCGCUUUGGCCGGCUCCUUGCCGAAACCCAAGAUCUGGUCGCUCGCCGAGACCGCCACCAGCCCGGACAACCCCCGCAAGUCUCCCGGCGGCGGCUCUCCGCCGGCGGCCGCCCCGCUGCCGCUGCCCACCCCGCCGCCCCACAGACUCGUGUCCUCCUGCCCCCUGGGCAAGUUCCCCAACUGGACCAACCGCGCAUUCCCGGCCCACCACCACCACCACCCCCCGCACCCGCUGGCCUUACUGAACACUCCCCACCUGCUGGGGCUGGGGGCCGCUUCCGCCACCCCCCCCGCCGCCGCCUUCCCGCGGCCCGCGGACCAGGCGCAGAGCGCGGAGCCCGUCGGAGCAGAUCGAUCUAGUGCCUUGGAAGUAGAGAAAAAGUUACUAAAGACAGCUUUCCAGCCAGUGCAGAGGCGGUAAGAGAUGGCUCCCUCCGUCUCCUCGGGAUGUAUGGAGGCAGUUGUAAAUGGCCCCAGAACCAACUUGACGCCGCUAUGGUUUUAUCGGCGCUCUCAUCAUCAUAGUUAAUUUUUUAUUGUUGUUGUAAUGAUUGUAAAAAGAUCUCUGUAUAGUUACAACUUGUAAGCAUGUCCGUAUAUUCAAACUCAAAAGGAAAAAAAAAAAAAAUACCCGCUUCUGUCCUUUCACCUGGGUUAGCUGAGCUGUGAGAUUUUUUUGGAAGUCCAGUGAGAAUUAGGUGUUCCUUUUUUUUUUUUUUUUGGCUGUUGUUGUUGUUUGUUUUUGUACAUACCGUAAAAAUGUACAUAUGUGUGAACCAAAUUGUACAAGAAAGUAUAUAUUUUUGGCUAAUAAAUAAACUGUUGCCACUUUGACUACA